ACUAAUGGGACAGCCUUUUUUCCCGAUUUCGUUUUCAUAAUUGUUUUAUUUUGAAGGCAGAUCACCGGAAGCAGCCUGUUUCUUGUUCCGGUUGUCGUUCCGUGAGAAGGUGGUCGUCCCGAGUGAAAAACACCGUCCAGAAAAGACGGACGGACCGAUUGGAUAAUUUCUGAAGUUUGUCUAAACUUUUUUAAGAGAUUAAAACCCGUAAAAACCCAAAUCCCAGCCGGCGGACGAAGCUCUGGGUGUUGUUACCGGAGCUCGCGCUGGGUUUGACUCGUUCGUGUUCGGGAGUGAAGUUGGGAAAGUUCGGGGUGAAAAUGGAGAGCCCAGCUGAGAGUGGGCUGAGGAGGCUGGGUUUGGCUCCGGCUGCGAGUCCUGUCCUGCUGCUAACCUAGCAUGGACCCUUCGCUGUCUCCGCUUUGCUCCUCUCCAGCCAGAGAUUCUCCAGGGGAGAAACCUAAUCUGUGGUUAGACCGCUGCUGACGCUGCAGCUUCUCCCAAUGGAUCAAAGUAGAGCCCAUGACCCUUUUUUUAUGGAAGUUCUGCACAAAUCCAGAGGAAAACUUUGCAUCUCUGCUUGGAAAAAUAGCUUUAGAGAAGCUUGAUGUCCCUGGCGAGUGGCUCGCUGCCUGAUCAAUCAUUUUUGUGCUGAGAGCAUCCAUGCUGUUUUCACUGGAGCAGUUUUUUAUUUUAAAUGAGGCUCUAGGAGGUUCCUCGGUGGAGCUUCUAGACCUGCCAGCUGGUUGUUCAACCGGGAAGAGCUGGGAUUAAUAAAAAUACAGGACAUUGGAAAGCCAUAGUAUUAAAUCUAUUCAUGAGCUACUGAGAAGAACUGAGGGAUUUUAUUCAUGAGUUGUAGCUGCUGAUGCCUCCUCAGUGGGAAUUGAACUCUGAAGUGAGAUGAAUCAGCUGUUGCGGGGAUGAGGCAGGGCUCCUGGUGGCCUGCGUGGCUGUCUGGGCUCAGGCCCAAGGUGAUGUGAUGGGGUGCCGGAACAGCAAGGUCCUCCCUGAGCCCCCAGGGGACGUUACGUUGGACCUGGUCAAAAAGGUCGAUCCCCCUCAGACGGACAUCUACAAGCACUUCAUCAAAGGGGAUGGCUCGGGAAGCAGGACAGGCGUGCUUGCCGGAGGCGAUGAGAGACGUCCUUCCUCUUCCUGCCAAGCCCAGGCACAAGCUGACACGCCCACCGCUUUGGCCCACACCCCUAAGGACCCGUCCAAACCUUCGAACCCUGAGCGGAAGAAGGUGGCAAAGUAUCGGGCAAAGUUUGACCCGCGGGUCACGGCUAAGUACGAGAUCAAAGCCCUGAUCGGCCGUGGGAGCUUUAGUCGUGUUUUCCGGGUAGAGCACAGGAGCACACGGCAGCCGUACGCCAUAAAGAUGAUCGAGACUCGUUACCGGGCGGGGAGGGAGGUUUGUGAGUCCGAACUGUGCGUUCUGCAUCGAGUCCGUCACACCAACAUAAUCCAGCUGAUGGAGGUGUUUGAGACGGCGGAGCGCGUCUACAUGGUCAUGGAGCUGGCCACCGGAGGGGAGCUGUUUGACCGCAUCAUCGCUCGCGGCUCCUUCACGGAGCGAGACGCCACACGGGUGUUGCAGAUGGUGCUGGAUGGCGUCAAGUAUCUCCACGCUUUAGGCAUCACCCAUCGAGACCUGAAGCCAGAGAACCUGCUGUACUACCACCCCGGAGCCGAUUCCAAGAUCAUCAUCACUGACUUCGGCUUGGCCAGCAGCAGGAAGAAGGGCGACGAGUUUAUGAUGAAGACCACCUGCGGCACGCCGGAGUACAUCGCCCCGGAGAUCCUGGUUAGGAAGCCCUACACCAACGCAGUGGACAUGUGGGCGAUGGGGGUGAUUUCCUACAUCCUGCUGAGCGGAACCAUGCCCUUCGAGGACGACAACCGCAUGAGACUCUACCGGCAGAUCCUCAAGGGGAAGUACAGUUUCUCUGGAGAGCCGUGGCCCAGCGUCUCUAAUCUGGCAAAAGACUUUGUGGAGCGGGUGUUAACGGUGGAUCCCAGCGAGCGGCUGACGGCCGGCCAGGCCCUCAAACACCCCUGGAUCGUCAGCAUGGCGGCCUCGUCCACCAUGAGGAACCUCCAGCGCUGUAUAUCCCAGAACCUCCUGAAGCGGGCCUCCUCGCGCUGCCAGAGCACCAAGUCGGCCCACUCCACCAACUCCUCCGUCCGCUCCACCAAAUCCCACCGGGCCCGCCGGGAUCGGGAGAAGGAGCUGCGUGAGCUGAACCGUCGCUACCAGCAGGAGUACGACGACUGAGCCCAACGUCUGCAGCAGAUGUGCCUCUCCUGGAGGGGGGGAUGACUCCACAGUGUUUGAGCCACCGGCAGAUUUCUGACUGUUGAAAGCCCAAAGAGGAUUCUCCUUUGCUGAAUCCAUAAAACCAGAACAAAUCCCAGCUCCUCCACUGUUGGUUCCUCCAAACUCCCCUUUGACAUCCUUUGGGUCUGUGUAUUUAUUUAUUAUUGUCUCCGUUUGAUCGGUCGCUGGAUGAAGACCUCCACAAAGAUCUGUUGAACAGAGUUCUGGACACUGAUGUUUGUACGAAGCAGAAACAUUCUUCAGAGCAAAGCAACUCUUUUCCUCCCACCUGUUUUUGAUUAAAGAGCUGUGAAUUUCUUGUUUUUCUACUCCUUGUAUAGAUCUUGUCUGUUAUCGCACCACGACGCAGCCACGCCCUUUAAAGGUGUCAUUUGACCGUUAUUGUUCACAAGCCCCAGAUUUCUGAAGGGGGAGGUGUUUCUGCCCGGGUGCACCAUUAUAUAAAUACCGGUGUUAUGGCUGAUUAGCGGUUUUCACUAUCGUUAGUUAUAUUAUACACGUUUCCGUCCACUCUCGACAUCGUGUAAAUGCGACCACACCACCCACAUGGCGUCUCCAUGUUGCUGUUGUGAUGUCAUGUUGUGAUGUCAUCAGGUAUCAGAACUCCUGCUUCACUGAUGGCAUCGCUCAGAAAUAAAAAGGAAGUGAAUAACGUUUUCCCAAAAGUUGCACAACUUCAUAACCAUAAAUGGGAUUUUCUUUCUGGUGAAGCACUUCCUGUUUAGUAGGAUUUUCAUGGUGUUUCCUCCACAUCGCCCCAGAACCUGAAUGAACAGUUAUCUCUCUGGUUUUGUUUAUUUUUCACGGUGGUGUUCCUCAGAGUUUGGAGGGUUUUCCGAGUACUGGAACUCUAAUUGAGCCAUGUCAGCUGACCUCAGUUUUAUCUUUAGUUUUAUCCAGGAUGGUGGAUCAUCUCUUUUUUUGGUACUCGUUCUAUUUUAACCUGUUUGUUUACUUCCAGUUUGGAGGAAUAGUCCCAAAAAAACCUUUUCAGUCCAGCUGUCAUCACUUUACUCUGGUCUUUAUUCUGUCUGACCCUGAAUGUGUUUUAAUUAUCAGUGAAAAGCAACUGUGGUCAUUUAAAAUGACAGAUUUGGUGUGAAGGGUUUCUAGAAGGUGACUCAUUUAGACCAAAACACCUAUCUGACGUCUGUUGUUUUAAUUUCCAGGUAAUCACGUCCACUGAUUUGGAUUUGAUGAAAACCGUUUGGAGAGUAUUUGCCGAGUUUGAAGGGAAAAUCAAAUCAGUUUGUUUGGAACACUUUUAUCAUGUUUUCUAUCAUUUUAUAUUUUUGUGUCGGAUUUAUGUAAAUGCUGUUUUUUAAACUGAAGUAGCCAUUUUAACACUGUUAGUUGAAAACGGAUCCAUGUUCUGUUGUCAAAAUGAAUGAUAACUCUGAUUCAUCUUCCUUUAAAUACAUUUUAUAGAAAGUUAAA